CAGGCGGGGCGGCGGGGCAGCUGGUAAAGCGUCGGCCUCGCAGUUCUGAGGAACCGGGUUCAAUCCCGCUAGCAAGCAUAGUCGCAAUUAAGAGAAUAAAGUCGUGGAGUCGUGGCUUUUUCUUUCCCAUUUCAUUGCGCCAACACUUUAAUUACGCAAUUUAGUCUUCAAUCUGUACUUGAAAACCUUGACGUGAUAGAAAUCAUUUAUUUUUUAUUUCCAAACAGCUGCGAGAAUUCCAAGUUUGGGCGGGGGCGUGGCGUGCCCUCACGUGACGAAGGCGGAAGUGGGCGUCCCCGCGGAGAAGGAGCGAACCCGCCGGGACGGAACCGAGCCGCGAAGCGAACCCGUCCUACUCUGGACUUGGGCAAGUUCUCCGGUUGAAUUUGGACCUGGUCUCCGCGAGACUCGAGCGCAGCAUGUUGGCGAUGUACGUGCACGUGUUCAAGUUCGAAUUUGGAGCAGCGCUUGUCAACUCAAUUUGGUCAAACAAGCACGAGUAGAACUUGGGUCACUUCCGGUCGACCAACAUGCAGAAGAAUUCGUUUGAAGCAGUUGCGGUGAGCCCGACACCGUCUGUGAAUAUUUUGACCAAAAUGCAAGAUGAGCCGCAUUGAAACCCUUCAUGGAGGGCAGAAGACCAAAAAAAAAAAAAGUUUCAAAAAGUGAACUUGAUUUGAAGUUUUAAAGGUGGAAAACAAACAAUUCGAAAAGAUGGACUGAAAAUGUUGGAUUCGAAAAGUUUGACCAGAUUUUGGCAGAGCAAAUUUUGAAGGGGCUUAACCGGACCAGUUUCCGGGUGUAGUCCGCCUUUGGCCCAACGUUAGCUAGGCUAGGCUUCGGCACCGUCCGUAACACCCCCGAGAAAAUGGAAGGAUGAACUGUUUCUCUCGGUAUCAAUAGAGGGCGCCCACAUAUCACUGAUGGAACCCCGACCGGCGUUCUUGUCGAAUGUGGAUGGGAGCCUUCCCUUUUUGAAAAUGUGUUUUGUUUUUGUUUUUGUUUUUUUUUUUUUGGGGGGGGAGGGGGGGUGUGUGUGUCUUUCCAGACCAAGUCAAGCGGUCGGCAAAGCGAGACAAGUGCGAAACGAGCAACGUCACAAGAAUUGCUGAAAAUAGGAGGAAUGGCUUCUGGACAAACGGAGGGUUUCCCUUUUGGCGUCCUCCGUUUUGUGGGCGGCAACCCUCCCAGCUCACUUUGGCCCCAAGGCUCAAGCGCUUGCAGGCCGCUUGCAAACAAACAAGCGUUCACGCAUCAAUUUACCAGCCCUGAGUGAAAGCGCUCUAAUUCACCCCAAAGUGCUGAGAUCGGGGUUGCUAACGAACCUUGACCUGUGCUGUGAUCACGCGAGGACAGGAAGGGGCGGACGGCCCACGUCGAGAGGAAGUCAACGGGAGGGGACCGCUUCACUUCACAAAAUGCUUGAUUAGUGUUGACGAAAAGAAGACAAAAGUCGCUCUUUGUUCCUUGGAGAGAAUUGAGGGGAAAAUCCUUCGUCGGCUGAAAAAUGACUUUCAACGUUUUUGUGGUGCGAUUCCUGUCAAGAAUCUUGCGGUGCUCUCCAGCGAUCGGUUCGGAUGAAGGCCCCGCCCGGCGGAAGGAAGUGAGGCGUGUUGCGACAUCACCGCUUGGGGCGUGGCCAGGGGGCAUUCCAGUGCAGGUGCUUUUAUCUUCCUGGAACGCCUGACAAUUAACCCCCGAACCCCCCGACUAAGCAGCUUUGUGCCAUCUGUCGGCGCCGGCGGGACAAGUGGCGAGCGGCGCUAUUGGCUGGCAGAGGAAAAGAGGCGGGGCCGGGCUGACGGUUAAAGAAGGAAGAGGCGGAGAUGAUCGUCCACACGACGAGCGAGAGGAAGGAAAGCGUCUGUUACCACGGCAACGCAGACGACACACAGAUGCGUCACCGGCCUGGUGCAUCCUGGGAAGUUUUGAUCUGAUAAUCGAUAGAAGCGAUCCGGACCGGACGUGGCUUCGUGACCUCUUUGUGUCCUCUGAUCGAAAGACGAGACGGGAGCUCCCGUGGAGACUUGUAGUCUGACGGAGUGGCGUGUUCCAAACCGAUCGGACGUCGAUUUUCACGGAGAGCUGUCAGUCUGCGGUUCCGCCGUCUCGAGCUUAUGGAAAUGACAACAGAAGAUUCCUGGCACUCCAGUCCCGCCUCAGGCCCCCAUCUCAAAUUCGAGCAUUCCAUUGUGGACCGGCACGUCCAGGUCUUGAGAAAACGGUGCUCGGGGCACUGAGUUGCCGAAAUGUCCCAGUCGGGUAAAGUGCUGCACCUGUAUGUCGAGUGCCCAGAUGUUCUCCCCCACUCUCAAAGGAGCUCGGUCCUCUCCAGUCCGGACCUUUCCCCGCGGAACCACCGCAGGACGCCGGGUGGGCGGCGCAGCUCGCCCGCCUCCAGCUCGUCUUCCCGGGGCUCGGUCGGCGUGGAUUCCUCCGCUUACUUUCACCGGGAGGACGUGUUACCCGACACCUUUGAAGACUUACUUCAGGUCCUCACGUGUUCAUCCGCCAGUCAGAGUCAUCCGUGCUCAUCGGACGAGUACCCCGACCCGAGUCGGGAGCUGAGCAACCUUCCUCCGACAGCGUUCGGCUGGGUGACGACACCUUCUACACCAACAUUCCACCGCCGUUCCUGUGGGAUGCAAGAGUCAACCGGUCAGGAAAGGAAGACAUCUCUGGUGACCUUCGGCUAUAUUGAGAAAGCCAACGUUCACGUGAUGGGCGGCGGUCAUCAUUCUCAGUGGCGAAAUGAGUCAAGACGGGAGGAGCCGUUUCUGCCCCCCCACCUCAGGAAGCAAGUGAGUGACCCCUUGGCGUCCCGCAGUCAGGUCAGACAGGGUGAACCCUGCCCCGUUCACCCUUCCACCAAUCACAGCUCUCCUUUUCUGCACAGAGAUGUGGUGGCGCGAGAUGCCACCUACCGGGCCUUGGAGGAGUUCGGUUCUCCGGAACUGAGGCGUCGCUUUGCGGGCCGCGGCCGUGACAACCGCAGCCCGACUCUGCCGCGGCACCACGGGUUGCCGAGCUGCCGCUCGUGGGCGGGGUCGCCCGUCCCGCCCCGCAGUACCCUCACGUUGCCGUCCGACACUCAGCGCAGAGACCUCGACGGUGGGCUCUGUCAGAACUCUGCUGACGGAUUGGCGAGAAGCCCCGCCUUCGAUCACCUGUCUGGCCAGAUUGCUUUCUCCUCUCGUCAAAGCCAGCGGUCCUGCUUUUCGGGGCGCAGUAGUCCCAGCAGAUUUCAGUCUCCUCAGCCCGCAGAUAUUCAGCACGAUAUCUCGAGGAGCAGACCCGCUCACGCGACCGCGAAAACUUCCUCUACAUUUUCCAAUGAUGGCGUUUUUCUGGGACGGCGAACUCCCUCUCCGGCACCUUCCCCAACCGGGUCAUGGAGGUCGCUCAGUCCGAGUGUUGGAGAAUCGUUGCUUGUAAAAUGCCAACUACAUUCCGGUCUCGGUGAGGAUCUCUCCUCAGACCUGCUGCGGGAGAACAACGAACAACCGCAACUACGAUCAGAAAGUGUCUCGCCUGUCAUGACCGGUAAAGGACUGGGCUCACCCGGGACUUCUCAUCCGCCAGUCGUAACGCCACAAGAGAAGCGGAGUUCAAACGCCAGUCGGCACAUGCCCCGCUUCCACCCAGCAGACCCUACUGGAGAGCGCAGAGCUUCACGCUUGGAGUCCAGUCACCGUGAUUGUUCACACAGCCCCGAAGUCUCUGUCCACUCGCAGCAACAGCUCAGGAGGACGAGUCCUGUCCUAGACAGACUAGAAGUCUGUCACGAGAAGUCCAGAGGUUUUGCUCCAAGACCCACAGAGGAGAGUCUCAGGAAGCAGGCAGAAGACAAGGCCAGACAGGAUCAGUGCAGACUGGGCGGGGGUUUGUCACGGACUCGGCGAGACCUCGGCAAGAUUGGCGGGACGUCGGCUCGGAGCUCCGGCGGGGCGACGGGAAGCUCGGGACGAGGAAAUGUGUCUCCUGACAGCUGGAUCCGGUCCGGCUGCAAUCCGGGCCAAAGUUCAGCCGCGAGUCCGUCUUCGAGGUCGCAGAAAAUCGCCCGAGCCAAGUGGGAUUUCUUAUUUGGAGCCGAGAAGCGGGAAAGCCACAGCAAGAAAGAUUUGUUGGACGCUUCGUCGGCCCCGCCGCGUCCCGCCCCUGCCGAGUCAGCCAGUCAGAGACGGGGUCAGGAGUCACGGCGUCACCGCCGGGUCCCUCGGUUGGAGGUGGAGCCGCUCGCCUCCGACGCCGGAGGCUCCGCGGACAAGACGGGCAGAGUCCGGCGCAGCGUCAAGUACUCGGAGACGGACUUGGACCGCGUACCGCCGCGCUGCUACCGAGAAACUGACCUGGACGAGGCGAUGCGGGCGGAGGUCGCCGAGGAGGAUCCCGCCGACGCGUCGCCGAGCUCGCGUUCUGGCGAGGGAGAGGUGGCGUCCGAGGAGGAGGACGAGGACGCCGCGGCGAGCCGGCCCGGGGCGGCCUCGCGGCCGAAGGCCGACUCUCGUCGCCGCGACGGCUUCGGCCUACUGCCCGAGGGGACGUCGGCGGCGAACGCUCCCUCGUCCGACGGCCGCCUGGACUCUUUCAGUCGCCAUUUUGAAAGCGUCAUGGAAGGUGACGGGACCCGAGGGAGCUCCUGCGGCAGCCUGGACAGCGUGGACCUUCUGACCUCGGGCUCCGCACCCGUCUUCACCUUUGACCUGCCCACGCUCAGCCCCGAGAUCCAGAGUCAGAUCUGCGAGAGCGCCAAGAACAUCAUCCGGCUGAGCUUGGCCCCCCCGUCCCCCCCGGGCGCGCCCGUCCCCUCGCGGGCGUUCCGCUCGGAAACCUCCGAGGACCAGAAAGAGCCCGGCCGGCGCUCCGCCCUCAAAGUGGCGUUGGCGCACGGCGCCUGGAGGGAGCACACGGCGAACUACCCCCCCAAGCCGCUCUACCCCGAGGCCAACGACGCCGCCAAACGACUGGCCGAACGUCUCCGUCGGCUUCAAGGAUUGACAAAGUCUGACGUGGCGUCGCACCUCAGCAAGAACAACGAGUUCAGUCGGAUGGUGGCCGAAGAAUAUCUCGGCCAGUUUGACUUCGGCGGCCUCCCCGUGGACCGAGCGCUCAGAACCUUCCUCAGCGGGAUCACGCUGGUGGGAGAAAGUCAAGAGCGAGAGCGAGUCCUGGCUCACUUUUCCAGACGAUACGUCGGCUGCAACCCCGAGUGGCGAGGCGCCGAAGACGCCAUCCACACGCUGACUUGCGCCCUGAUGCUGCUGAACGUCGAUCUCCAUGGAAACAAUGUCGGCGAGAGGAUGUCCCGCGGCCAGUUCGUCGCCAACCUCCGAGGCCUCAAUGACGGAAAAGACUUUCCCAAAGAUUUGCUCAAGAUGCUGUACGCGUCCAUCAAGAAGGACAAACUCCAGUGGCCCGCCGACGAGGAAGAGGAGGAGGAAGUCAGGACGUCUACGUCAGAACUGGCAGACGGCCGGACGGACUCCGCCUCCUACGCCUUGAAGCGGGCCGGGAUUGGCCGCAACCGCACGGCGGACGGCGAGCUGUACAAGAGCGGAUUCUUGGUGCGCAAAGUGCACGCCGACGCCGAUGGCAAGAGAACGGCGCGGGGCAAGCGAGGCUGGAAGUCGUUUUACGCCACCUUGAAGGGUCGCGUCCUCUACCUGCAGAAGGACGAGUACGGCGCCGAGCGUCCGCUGACGGACGACGACGUGAGGAACGCCGUGUCGGUGCAUCACGCGCUGGCCACGAGGGCCGCCGACUACGCCAAGCGGCCCAACGUCUUCUACCUGCGCACCGCCGACUGGAGGGUCUUCCUCAUGCAGGCGCCGUCGAGCGAGGACAUGCGUUCGUGGAUCACGCGCAUCAACGCGGUGGCGGCCACGUUCUCGGCCCCGGCCUUCCCGGCCGCCGUCGGCUCUCAGAAGCGCUUCAGUCGCCCCCUGCUGCCGGGAUCCGAAACCAAACUGUCGCAGGAGGAGCAGGCCGCCGCGCACGAGGCCCGCUUCCGGGCGGCGUCCUCCGAGCUGGACCGGCUGGUCGGCGGCGGGACGCGACGCCGAGUCAAAGGUCGCGAGCCGGACGAGCAGAAAGCGCGGCGCGAGUAUCUGGAGUUCGAGAAAACCCGUUACGGCACCUACGCCGCCCUGCUACGUGCCAGGAUGUCCGCCGGCGAGGAGGACUCGGCGGCCUUCGAGGCGCGGCUCCUCCGUGGCGACGGCCUCCGGGGGGCGCCCCAGGAAACGGACGGGAAGGAGGAGACGCGCGGUGGCAAAUGUUUAAAGGUCGCCUCCUCGCACGUGCUCUGCGACCGCACCGCCGAACGAGGAGGAGGAGGAGGAGGAGAGAAGAAGAGCGACACGCCGCCCGGACAGGAGGUGGCGCCGUAAGCACUCUCGUUUCUCUCACUUGCGCCGUCGUCACGGCAACAAGAGAAUAACCAAGGACACAUCUGAACACGUUGGCAUGCGCGCACGGGCCGAGGGACGCCAUCAUCUCCGUCGUGGUCGCCGCCGCCGUCAAAAAAGUGGAAAGUCGUCAAUAUUUAUUUCCAUCACGAAAUGCGCAUCAAAUGUCUCGUUUGUCAUCUUAACGGCUGCCUGGAGAAGACCCAAAUUUUGCUUGGCUUUUCCACUCUGAGCUCGCGAGCGCCGCUCACUGAUUGGCCGCGGGCGGCUGCUCCUCUUCUAUUGGCUGACUGCUGAAGCCGCUGUCCACCGUCGACUCUGAUUGGAGCAAAGAAAAGGAGCGCGCUGAAUAAUAAUUGGAAAGUUCAACUUUUCCCACUUUAGCAGUAAUCCGACGUACUUGAAGUCUCGAUGACGUCAACGACAACACUCGGCGGCGGCGAUGAUUAGAAACAUUCAUUGAAAUUCAUAAUUAUGAGGAAAUGCCGACAAACAUUUUUGGUUUUCUUUCUGUG